CCUCUCAAAUCACAUCUCCACCUCUCUAUAUCGUCUCUUGUUCUAUUCUGGCCAUGCCGGCAGAGAAGCAAUCACCGCUCGACAGACUCGGCGCCUUGCCCGACGACGUUCUGUUACACAUUCUCUCUUUCCUCCCGACCACCAGCCUCUCUGUGUGCACCAGCGUCCUCUCAAGAAGAUGGCGGUCCCUGUGGGCCCGUGUCCCCCUCUUAAGUUUCGAAUACAACAACUCGGUGCCUUGCCGGACGACGUUCUGAUACACAUCCUCUCUUUCCUCCCGACCCGCCUCUCUGCGUGCACCAGCGUCCUCUCAAGAAGAUGGCGGUCCAUGUGGGCUCAUGUCCCCCUCUUAAGUUUCGUAUACAACAGUUUGUUCGACCGCCGCUUUGGGGACAUCUUCACUGAGGUCGUGUCAGCGCACAAAGGGCAAACGGUACACACUUUCCGACUAAGAAUUUAUCAUAACUUCAACGAAUUUGAAAUCGAGGGCUGGAUUGCCGCUCUCGUUUCCCGCAAUGUCAGGAAUAUCUCUAUCUAUGUUUCCUGGUUUGUGAACGUAUGGACGACGAUGCCCAAUUGUCUGUUAAUGUGUGAAACCCUAGUGGGAUUGCGUAUCGGUGGUUAUGUUGUGCUCCCGGCGGCCGGCGAUGUGUGCCUGCCGGCCCUUAAGAGGCUUCAUCUUGCGGGGGCUGAAUCCUUGCCGCGCCUCAUAUCUGGCUGCUCGGUGCUUGAGGAGCUGAGCAUAAAGCAACCGCCGCUCGACAGACUCGGCGCCUUGCCGGACGACGUUCUGGUACACAUCCUCUCUUUCCUCCCGACCCGCCUCUCUGUGUGCACCAGCGUCCUUUCAAGAAGAUGGCGGUCCCUGUGGGCCCAUGUCCCCCUUUUAAGUUUCGGACGCGACCGUGUGGACCACGACGGUAGCCUCGGCCGCCGCUUGGCGGACAUCGUCAUCGAGGUCUUGUCGGCGCACAAAGGGCAAACGGUACACACUUUCCUACUAACAAUUCAACCUAGCUUCAACGAUUUCGAAAUCGAGGGAUGGAUUGCCGCUCUCGUGUCUCGCAAUGUCCGGAAUAUCUCUAUCUAUUUCUCCCAUUAUGAGAGCGUAUGGAUUACGAUGCCCAAUUGCCUCUUAAUGUGUGAAACCCUAGUGGAAUUGAGUAUCGGUGGUUAUAUUGUGAUCCCGGCGGCCGGCGAUGUGUGCCUGCCGGCCCUUAAGAGGCUUCAUUUUUGGGGGGCUGAAUCCUUGCCCCGCCUGAUAUCUGGCUGCCCGGUGCUUGAGGAGCUAAGCAUA